GCUAUCUCGAAUUGGGACAUUCAUUCGUCGACUAGAGAACUUGAGUUCCUUAAAUUUGAGAAAUUGCUGGCGAGUCAAGAAGUUGCCCCCAGAACUGGCCCAGAUGAAAUCUUUGAAGGAACUUCUGAUUGAUGGAACUGGCAUCGACAUAAUUUAUAUCCAGAAAGGUUCUUUGCAGUGUCUUAAAAAACUUAGUGCUUGUGGCUGUGAAGAGUUGAAAGAUAUAUCCACAAUCAGCUGCCUAGACAGUCUCACAAGUCUUGCUCUGGAUGGUGCUAAAGAGGUGCGUGUUCCAAAAACUUUUGAAUUUCCUCAGAAACUUCAGAGACUUUCUCUAAGGGAAUGUCGUAGGUUCAAUAAACUUCCCCCUUCGAUCGAGAAGCUGGGGCUGCUCGAGGUAAUGGACCUCUCAUUCACUGGAAUCAGUGAACUACCAGAGUCAGUCAAGGGAUUGAGAAAUUUGAAGACGCUGAAGAUGGAACACACACACCUACAAAAAUUUCCUGAAUAUAUUGUGGAGUUAGGGAAACUGGAAGAGAUAGAUUUCUCUGGCUGCAUAAGUUUGGGGGGCCAAGUUUGUUGUGAUAUUUCAGUAUUAUCCUGUUUGAGAAUUUUGAGAUUGAAGUCAUCCAAUGUGGCUGAGCUGCCUCGGGGCAUUUGCGAUCACUCUCGCCUCCAAAUCCUUGACAUCCUUAAAUGCAACCAACUUAAAGAACUACCAGCGUUGCCCCCCAGUUUACUCAGUCUCCGCUGGGGAUCCAGAGACAUGGCAGUCCCGGACUUGUCAUAUCUGACAAAUCUGAAAGAGCUACGCUUGAAAUCGGGGUCAUCGAGUCAGACCCCAAACGUUGAGUGGAUCGCGAGAUUACCAAGUCUAGAGACCUUGCAAUUGUCCGUUUCAAAGGUCACCAAUCUCCCUGGGAAUUUUAGUACCCUUACUCAGCUCCGGGAACUCUCUUUAUCCUACAUGAAGGAGCUAGACCUCACACAACUUCCCUCCUCAAGCUUAUUGACUUUGCGGCUCAAAUACUGCAAGAUUCCGGAGCCAACAUUUUCUAGUCUGCAACAUCAUCUGUCAGAACUAGAACUAAAAUACUGCGAAUUAGCAGAGAUUGAUGGUCUUAAAAAUUUUAAAAGUUUGGUAGUCCUCAAAAUUUCUUAUUGCGGAGGUGUGACAAACCUUAACGGGCUCGAGGAGUUACCACGUCUCAGGAAGGUGAAAGGUAUCUUUGAAGAUGGACCCAGACUACCAAAAUUAUCCGAGCGUGUUGAACUGGACAUAUGCCCAGCUACUUAAUAGUCUCUGCCCUGUACGAACUGCUGUUGUACUUUCGAGUCUUCGACAGGACAUCUCCUUUUAGUCUAAGAAGCUGGAGAGCGACCUAAGGGUCACAAGAUACCCCGGGCAAAUUCUUGGCACCGGGCGAUUGGUAGCGGCAUCAACAAUCUUGCAUCAAAACCAUUGCUGAAGCCUCUAGGAUGCAUCCUCCAAAAGCCAUCCACUGCCGCUCACCUCUUCGAUCGCAAUAAGAUCCACCAUAUUUGGGCGACGUUGCCAGGACUCCGUAAUCGUGAGCCAUCACGGGCCUGUGCUUUCGUCAGCUCUGCUGGUGAAAUUCAUCCUGAACACCGCCUCCAGUGUUGCCAUUCUUCAUUCGAGUUAAUCAAGUCGUUGGGUUCCCGAAUCUCCCGGAGUUGAUUAUAGUAUGGUGAUGACGAAAGCUUCACCAAGACGGUGGUUUUUGUUUUCUUUUCUCAAAUUAUUGCACAUGAAUUUUUAACUUCUGCAAUAGACAUAACGUUCGAUCUAACAAGCUAAAAGACGUCCAGUCUGUUCUUUAUUCAUUCUCUGCAUUUGCUA